AAAUUCCCCUUCGUAAAUACUCCUGAACAUCAGAGUUCGUAGCGCGAGAGGGAGAGAGAGAGAGAGGAGAGAGAGAUGAACCAGAAUCAGCAAUCGAGCGAAGGCAGGCACGAUGACGAUGCUGCCCUCUCCGAUUUUCUUGCGUCCUUGAUGGACUACACCCCUACUAUUCCUGACGAAUUGGUGGAGCAUUACUUGGCAAAGAGCGGCUUCCAAUGUCCCGAUGUUCGAUUAAUCAGGCUGGUAGCUGUUGCUACACAGAAGUUUAUUGCAGAGGUUGCUAAUGAUGCUCUACAGCAUUGCAAGUCGAGGCAGACAUCUAUUAUUAAGGACAAGAAGCAGCAAAAGGACAAGCGUUCAAUCUUGACAAUGGAGGACCUCUCCAAGGCUCUGCGAGAGGUAAGAAGUAUAGUGCUUCAAGGAGUCUUGACAUCUAGCUUCAAAAAGGACGUUAUACGUUUGAAAUCAGAACUUUGUAUCUUCAAUUUUAGAAGCCAUAGAUGAUGGAUCCUUUGGUAGUUCUAGAUAUUGAAGUUCUACCUUUUCAAAUUGAAUCUUGUAGGACGUUAUGCUUCAACGGGUAGUGAGAUAUGUAAAUAGAAUUAAUAGUACUUGCAAAUUUGUUCAACGGAAUGAAAAAAACAUAUAUGUCAAAAUCUUAAGCAGAGAAUAUGAGCAUAAUCGAAAUGCAUCCAUUUGUCUCAUACACUAUGUGGUUAAUGAGAAGAAGAGAUAUACAACUAUAUGUAGUAUCAAACACAUGGUGCAGUUACCUGAAAAGGCCAAUUCCCUUGCGACAUACGUAUUGCGUUGUUCCGAUACAUGGUAAAAUUCUAUUCCGGAACGAUGAAUUUGGCGAGAUCCGAAGUGAUCCCACAGUUUUUCCUCAUCCUUUCGUUGAAAGAAAGAGUGUAGAUUAGCAAGAAAAAAUGUAAAGGAUGGAAAAAGGGUCAAAACACCAUAUGUUGUUUGAUUGAAUGUUUGCCGUUUGAAGAAAGUACAUUUGAAUAUUGAAAUAUAUAGAUCCUAAAUAUUGUACCACAAAUUAGGGGGCAUGUAGCAUACCGUGUUCCUAUUUUCGUUCCUCGUACCGGAAUGACCCGUGUUCCAGACAAGAGAGAACCUUAUUCUGCACCCUCAUCCAAGUGCCUAGUGUCCACAUGUACUUGAUUUAGUUUGAGGAGUUAAUGUAACUUAGGUGCAGGGUCCCUGGGCGAAUCUGGAGAGUUAGUGUUAAUUUUCUUUCUUUGGAAUGCCCUUUGAGGUCUGUUGGAGGACAUUAGUUCAGAUAUUAUUUGUUUUCUAUGUUCUAUUGUGGACCACUUGUGUGUUUAUUUGAUGUCAAGAUUAAAUCAUUUCAAGCAGAGUCUGAGUUUUGAGUAACUUCUGGAAUAUUUUGCUUGGCAUGAUAACCUACACUUUUUGGAGUUACUUUCGAAGUUGCAUUUGUCCAAAGUUUCUGGAUGGAUGUGCGUGUGUAAAUAUUCCAUUGCGAUUGUUGUUGUGGUCUAUCUUUUUGUAUCCAGCUGGCAUUCCCUUAGUGUAUACAACCUUAUAAUUACAUCUUAGAAAAAGGAAAUUUUAUUGUGAUAGAUGUUUCUGUGUUUUCGUUCCCUAGGGUCCUUGAAGUCUAUUAAUACUUUAUCUUUGCCCAGUGUGUUGUUUGCCAAACUUUGCCAAUUUCAGAAAGAACCGAUCAUAGGUUACCCCACCCCCUCCCUAAGAGCGUUAGCUGGAUGAUAUUUUACCUUUUAGCAUCUUCCCGGUAUUAGUGUAAAUCUUUCACUCUGAAAAAAUCGAGGUUCUUUUGGACUGUUGGUGAGUACCAGUGUUCUGAACUGGUGUCAGAGAUCAGCAGAGUGUUCAAUUCUCAUAGACAGUGUUUUUCGGAAGAGUCCUGCUAAUGGUACCGACCAUUAGCCAACCGAAAUCGUACCGACGGCUUCACCGGGCCGUCUCCGGCCACCGGACGGCCGAUCCGAGCCGUCCAAAAAUUCUAAAAAAAAAACCGGAUGGGGCCCACGCGGGAAUCAACGGCAUCCGAUGUGUGUAGGGUGGUUGGAUCAAGCACCCUAUUUUCCGUGUAUAUAUACAUACCCGGCGCAGCCGUCGGUACGAUUUCGGUGGGGGUUUGGUCGGUACCAUUAGACCUUUCGUUUUCGGAAAUGCUCUUCAAGUGCAGCUCUAUUUGGUUUUCCCCCAUGAUAAAAGUUUUUGGCUGGCUUUGGAGCAGCUGAAUUAUCAUUUGAUGGAGUGGGAUUUGUGCUUCUCAUGGUUGGGAGGUUGGGGACUAAAGCAGUUGUUAAUAUGGACUGCAAGACAUCCUACAAAUGCUUUUAUUGUGUUAAGCCGUCACUUCAUAUAUCAGAUGAUUUGUGAUUCAUUGCUUCCUUCACCUGAAGUGACAGUUCCACAAAUCAAUUGUUGAUGCGAUCUUUUGUCCAAUGUACUAGUGAAAGAUUUGUGGAAUGUAUGAGUUUCUCCCGUGAAUCAAUUUUGCAAGUGGGUAGGAGGGAGUACUUUUCAUGUUCUCCCAAGUACACUGCAAAUUUUUUGGAUAGGAAA